AUGACGUUGCUGUCGGCCGUGAUUAUAAACAACAAUACCAAAUAUGUUGACAAGGUGGAGUAUGGAAUCAAAGCCAACGGCCAGGAAGUCGUCCUGCAGCUCCGAAAAAAUAAGGACCUUUUAGGUGGAGAUUACACCGAAACUGUUUAUUCGGAUGACGGUCAGGAAAUAACAACAACUCCUCGGAUCAAGGAUCACUGUUUUUAUGAAGGCCACGUUCAGGAUGAUGCUGAGUCCACAGUGAGCAUCAGCACCUGCCAAGGGCUCAAUGGUUAUUUUGAGACCCGUGGCCAGAGGUACCUGAUUGAGCCCCUGGGAGGCUCGGAGGGAGCAGAACACGCCGUUUAUAAAUACGAGGCACUGAAACAAGAGCCCAUCAAAACCUGUGGCCUCGCCAACAACUCCUGGGAACAGGAUUCUGACGACCCCAUCAACGACAUCUUCAAAUCCAGCAACAGCCCAGAGAUGAAAGAGUAUCUGAAAGCCAAAAAAUACCUGGAGCUCUACAUAGUUGCAGACCACACUCUGUACCAGAACUUUGAUAAAGAUGUCAAAGCCAUCAGAGAGAGGGUGUUUGGAAUCGUCAACUUCAUCAACACGGUUUACAAGGCCCUGAACAUCCACGUGGCUCUGAUCGGGCUGGAGGUGUGGACGGACGGGGACAAGCGGCCGCUGAGCAGGAACGCCGGGAUCACCCUGGACGCCUUCGCCAAGUGGCGCCGCUCGGAACUGCUCCAGAGGAAGGGGAAUGACAACGCUCAGCUCAUCACGGGCCUCAACUUUGAGGGGACAACGAUUGGAUUGGCCUUUCUCAAGUCCAUCUGCAAUAAUUUAUAUUCUGCAGGUGUUAUUCAGGACCACAGCAGGAACGUCAUCGCCGUGGGAGCCACCAUGGCCCACGAGAUGGGGCACAACCUGGGCAUGAGCCACGACACCAAGGCCUGCUCGUGUAGCGACGACAUCUGCAUCAUGACAGACACCGUCAGUUCCUAUAUUCCCAAGGAAUUCAGCUCCUGCAGCCUCCAAAGCUUUGAGAAGUUCAUGUUGAACGAAAUGCCCGAGUGCCUGACGGACAUUCCCGACGUGAGCAGCAUCGUUGCCCCCCCAUCCUGCGGGAAUGGCUUCACGGAGAAAGGAGAGGAAUGUGACUGCGGCACUCCCGAGGAGUGCACCAACGACUGCUGUGACCCCGAGACCUGCAAGCUGACCUCGGGCUCUGCCUGUGCCCAUGGGGAGUGCUGUGAGAACUGCCAGUUUAAGAAGUCAGGAGCAGUUUGCAGGGCAGCGAAGGACGAGUGUGACCUGGCCGAGAUGUGCUCCGGGAGCUCCUCCAGCUGCCCCACGGAUCGAUUCCGGGUCAACGGGCACCCCUGCAGCCAGGGAGAGGGAUAUUGUUACAUGGGCAAGUGCCCCACCAGGGACAGCCAGUGCAAGGUUGCCUUUGGACCACGUGAGUAACACCAGCACUGCAAUCGGGGGGUCUGGGGCAAAGGAGAGAGAGAGAGAGGGAAGGAGAGAAAGAGAAAGAGGAGGGACAAACUGUGUGGGAAGCUGUUCUGCUCCGGAGGGACGGAGUUGCCUCGGGAUGGGAGCCUGGUCACUGUUAAUUCCUGCAAAGCAAGUUUUCCUAGAAAUGGAGAUGAGGAGGACCUGGGGAUGAUUCUUGAUGGAACCAAGUGUGGGAACGGGAUGGUGUGCAGCAGUGGAGAGUGUGUCUAUGUUGAGGAGGUCUUUAGAUCAACCAACUGCUCUGCCAAGUGUUCUGGACACGCUGUGUGUGACCACGAGCUGCAGUGCCAGUGUGAGGAAGGAUGGGCACCACCCACCUGUGACAGCUCCUCAGCCUUCACCAGCAUUGCCAUCGUGGUUGGGGUGCUGGCUGUCCUGGCUGUCACAGCCAUUGCAGCUGUGCUGCUCAUCCGCUUCCGAGUGGCCAAGGAGAGCCACCAGAACAGGAGUGGACCUGGAGCCACCAAUCAAGUGUUUGUGGAUCAGGAGCAGAGGUGCAGAGAACCCCCAGGCCUGGCAGUGCCCACCCAGAAGGUGGAUGGGAAGAAACUCCUGCUCCCUGUGCCUCCACCUCAGGAGAACAAACCCCAGCUCCAGAGUCCUGCCUUGAGGCCCAAAGGUCCCCCACCUCCUGUUCCUUCCACCAAACCAGGCUUGUCUCACCCAGAGGAGAAGUUUGCACCAGAGAGGAAACCUCCUCAUCUCCCAGGCCCCAAACCUCCACCAAAGGCUUUAAAACCCCCGAUGAAUCCCCGAGUCUGAAGUUUCUGACCCAGGGCUGGAUGGAGACAUUUGCAGGGACAAUUUGUUUGCCCCUCCAUUCCUCCCCUUUUGGCAAAGGCAUCCAGGAUCAUCUUCCUCUUCUCCUUGGAACAUGAACGAUGGACUGGCGGCUGCUCGGGAAGAACAGGGUUGGACUUGGAGCAGUGAGGAACAUUUUGGUGGUGACACAGAGCUCCUGCCCAAGAGGAAAGGAAGCAGAGUCACUCUUUGCACUGAGGUGUAGGCUGGGAGGAAGUUCCCAAAGCUGCUGAGCACAUCCCAGCUCCUAAGCCAGCACCCAAGGUGUGGCUGCACCCAAACUGCUCCUCUGGGCACAGACCCCAGGGGGUGAGGGAAUGGGAACUCUUGGUUUUGCUCCAUUUUGGGAUCUCUGCCAGCCCCUCUCCCUCCUCCACAACACACCAGACCUUCUUCACACAUCAUCCUAAACUGCACAAGAUACUCUUGGAUACUCAAGGAAUCCUCUCAGCCAUCACAUGUCCCUCUCAGCAGCAAAAGCACAUGGAGUUCAAAGCAACAGGGAUUUGGGGAGUAAAUCAAUACAAAUGAAGGACAAAUUUGCUCCUCCAGGUGUCUGGGAUGGUCCCUGUGCUGCAGAGGUGUGAGUUCUGGAGACAGACAAACCCUUCCUGCCCUUUGGAGAGGAGUUGGUGUCCUCGGGGUCUGAACCAGACGUGAGAUGACACACUGGAAAUGGGGUCUGGAAUGAUCCUUUGGGAUGGGAUUCUCCCAGUAACCCUUAAAUUUUCUGUUAAACAAGAUCCUUGUGGUGAGUAGGGAGAACUGGAGAGACUCAGGAGCUCCAAGUGCUGCUCCAAGUGUUCCAGAGCUCCGGCUGUGCCGGUUCCCAGAGCUCCAGCUGCUCCACUGCCCUGGGACAGGGAAACCCAGCAAAGCAGCCCCACCAAAACCCUUCCCCAGUCCUUUCCCUGGCCCCUCAGCUCCACAAACAUCCCAGGAUUCCUCCCUUCCAGGACACUCCCACCCUCCCUCACUGCUCCUGUUUCCCUGGGCUCACCCCGGGGGGUUGUUGUGGGGUCAUUCCUGGGAUCCAGGGGUUGUUUUUGGGGGAUGAGGAUUCCCACUCUGCUCCAUUCCCGAGGGUCCCUCAUCCCUCCUGCCCUGUUGGCAUCACUCUGGGCACUUUGAGCAGCUGGGAUGGCUCUGUUGGCACUGCUGUUAAUUAAUGUUAAUUAAUGCUGUUAAUGGUGUUGGGAGCUGCUGUUGCCACUGGCACUGGGAGCAUCCCAGUGCUCGGAAUCCAGGGUUGGAAGGUCAAGCUCCCAGAAGUGUUUUUUCAAGAGCAAAAAUUCUAACAGGGAGGGGGAAAAAAGAAAAAAAGAGA